AUGGGUAGCCAUUUUGUUUUCGAGCAAUACGAAAGUCGAAGGAGUGAAGAGCCAUCACACUUUCCCGCUGAAACUAAAAUGAUCCGGUUAACCCGACAGGUUAUACCUAUGCAAAACUUUGUAAGAAUCUUUGCCAGAUCUAUGGGCAAAGUGGACCAAUUUAAGUGGAAACCCCACAAGAAAAAGCCAAACAAGAAACCAAAGUUCUCUGUGAUCUUAAAGGAGCCGAUGGACGGACUAGGAAAUAGUGGUCAGCUAGUCGAAGUAGAGAGAGGCUACGCUAGAAAUUUUCUGAUCCCACAAGCUAAAGCGGUAUAUGCUACGCCAGAGAAUAAGGAGCGAUUUCUUGUGUCGUCAGAGGAUGCCGCAAAAACUGAUCCAGAAGCACAAGUUUCUAGUCGCUUUAUGCGCUUUCUAAAUCGUCUACAUUUGAAAAUUGAACGCAAAGAAGGAAACAUUGCAGUCACUGAGCAUAAUAUAUCACAGGAGUACCAGAGACAGCAUCAACUUGUUGUCCCUACGCAUUGCAUAGAAUUGUCCGGGCCUCUUACAAAGUUUGGCGAUUACACUAUCAAUGUGUCUGUGAGAGACGGUGUCAGUGUGCCCAUGCGGGUGACUGUGGAAGAGUGGAAGCCCAGAAUCGCUAAUCGAUGGAAGGAUGUGUUGGCUGCUACCGAGCAGUCUAGUUUACAAAGCUAAGAAUAUGCCUAGCUCAUUGUUUGGUUUAGAGGGAAGGAGGCUCUGGAUGCUGAUCAUAAUAAGAAAUUGUAUUCUUAUUAUCCACUUGGACCUUUAUGUUAAUAAAACUAGAAGUUUCUGUGAGCUCAGAGCAAACCACAUAAGAUUUGGGGUGGGGGGUGGGGGGCACAAUACUGAAACAUUAAAAAAUAUUGGGUGGGGGGAGGGCCCAGCCACUCCCUUACUGGUCAUUUCCUUAUAAUUUUUGAAAAUAUGGGGGGGGGGCAAAGGCCCCAAGUGCCCCACCCUCUGCUAUGGCCCUGGCGGAGCUUAAAGUGCUGUGGGCUUGCAGGGGAUUUCUAGUCUUAAAUCCUGUCAUUUUAUGAACUCUCAGUCUUCUGUGUCCAGGCAUUCAUAUGUCUCUCAAUUGCUGUAGAGCCAAUCAGAGCAGAUAGAUAGGGAUAGCGGUUCCUUAUACAACAGACUUCUUCAAGGGUUCUCUGUGAUUCAGCUGCUAGAAAUGCUUUGUCUUUAAACAUUGGAAAUUCUCCUGAGUUCUAAGGGAGGUGCACUUGAUCGGCCUAAAGCAGGCGUUUCACAGAAGAGAAGAUGAAAAGAGUUGUGGGAAAACCCCAACUGAUAGCAAGCUUGCAGAUUACAGCCCUCCCUUACUUGUGAUACAUGGUGCUGUUCUGGUAAUGCAUGCUCCUCAAGCCGAACUGAAAACUUUCUUUACUUAACACAGUAUUUGUAUAACCCCUUUGAUGGAGAUUUUAAACAUUGAAUAAAUAAAAAAUUGAAUGUAUAAACAA